AUGGAGACAAUUAAGGCUGCCAGCAUUCCAGAGAAAUACAUCCUCAGGAGAUACACCAAACGCCCAAACAUCCAUCCAACAUUCAACAGAAAUGAGUUGAGGACAGUAGCGUCAAACAAGGCCUCCCAAUACUGCAUUGAAAGCUCACUACUAACACUGAACAUGAGGGUGCACAGAAAAAGCUUGAUAAGCCAAGAGCAAAUGGCGAGGUCACGGGUCGUCAUGGACAAACUUGAACAAGAACUUGAUGCCAUGCAUUCUGUUGAAAAUGGAGGUGUCGCGGACAAUGAAGACAUUGAGCAGGAUAUUGCUACAAUGUUAUCCGAGAUGAACUAUCUGGGAGCUAUUGACCCAUUCGACAAUGAGGAAAAUGAGCAACAGCAACCAGAGCUUGCCCAUGUGCACACUCAAGAGCAGCAACAUGCUCACGUGCAAGAUCAUGAGCUUGAUGAUGCCAUUGUCAAUAAGAAAAAGCUGCAGAAGCUGAUUGGAACCGCCCGGGUUUCUACCAAUGGAGACGACACACGUAACAGCUACACUUGCCGCAAGUGUGGGGGAACUGAUGAACAUAAUGCCCGCACAUGCAAAGUGGGCAAGGAGGUCAGUGGCGCUAAACAGAAACAGGGCAAGGUCCAGAGUUCCAAAAAAUCAAAAGAAGAUGAUGAAGAAGAGUUUGACGAGAAUGAUGACCAAUCAGACGAAGACAAUGAAGAUGACAGUAUUGGGGACGAGGAAACUAAAACUGACGAUGAAGCUGCCAAGGCUCAACUAGGAAAGGGCACCGGCAAGGGACAACAUUCGGUGCCAAUUAGGAGGAGCUCAAGACUGAAGAAUCCAUAG